AUGGUGAAAGUUAUGCAAUCAUCAAAGAGUCAUGAUAAAUUGGAUUGUUUAAUAUUUGUCCUUCGUAAUGAUGAAUUUUAUCACAAGAUUUUUCCGUUAACAGUCAUGGAUCAAGUUUGA